AUGAGUGCAAUGAAAAUAUUGAAGCCAAAAUACUUGUAUCCGACAAGAGUGUUAUAUGCAAAGUUGGCCGGUCGGUUUUUCUAUACGUUUGCAAAGUAUAGCAGGAAUGCAACAAUCGAAGAGGUUAUUCAUAGACCAAAGCCACUACUGGUCGCACAAGCUAUGCAUGUCAUGAUGCAGACCUACGUUCUAGUUGUCAGGGAUCCUACUCCGAGUUUGAGAACUGUUCACCACAGGUUCAGCAUGGCUAUUCCAGGUUUUAAGACUAUACCCUGCAAUUGGGUGGAAGCGUGA